UUUACUCCUACAGAUGUAUAAUCAAAAAGGUUUGAUCACUGACCUAGGCAGUCAUAGAUUACAUUAAGCAUUGGGAAAUGCAGACUACCCAAAGAAAAAACCUUGAAAAUGUCUAAAAAUUUCUCAUUUGAUCACUGCCCACAGAUUCUUACUGUACUACUGUGAGCUACUUGUGUCACAACAUUUAUGAGAGCCUUUGUGUGUUGCCUUCUGUGUUCUAGGCUACAAAAAAGAACGUGAGUCCCGAAAUUUUUCAAUGAACCCAAGCCUCUCCACUCACCUUUUUCUUUUCAGAUGUGGAAAGUGUUUGAAUUCAGUUUUUUUAGCAAGUAUAACAGAAUUUUAAAGGUAUGCUUGUUCCAUAUGGGAGCAAAACUGACUUGAUUAAUAGUUGUGUCAUUACUCCUGUAUAUGAUGUUGUAUAUUGCCAGAUUGUCAAUUCUUUUGUCAAUUCUGGCAUUUUUUCAGGAAACUUGUGAAAAAUAGGCAAGUCAAGUACCCUGGUAACAUGAUUUUCCAUUUCUCUGUGCUUAUCUUGCCACAGAUUUUUCUUGUCCUCUUUUGGGACACUCCGAGCAAGCACACAAUGAUAAGUAAAAGGCUUAAAAAUAUCCAUACACCAAAAAAAAGUGUGAAAACCCUCCUUGUACAAGAAAUUUGAAAACACCUGAUAAAGCAAAGGAUCUGCCCCUAAAUUAGAAGAUGCUAUGACAAGUAUUUCUCAUAAAAUUGCAAGCCAUAAUAGUUCAAGAAGGGAGACAUGAAGGCAUCAGAUAGAAAAAGCAAAUCUAGACAUGUAAAGCAGGACAUCAGACACUUGUAAACACCACAGUUCACCUGCUCCACAACCCUUCCAGCGCAAAUCCCUUCACCACUGCAAUGCAAAUGUUUUCACCAAAAUGAAAACUACGUUAAUUGAAUCUUGACUCAAUUUGCAUGUUUAGACAAAUCAGCUGAGACAUCAACCCCCAAAAGAAUACGCAAAAUAGCAUACUGCUACCCCUGAGAUAAAUAGGUGAGCAUUGCCCCACAACAGCUCCUUGGGACUGACAGUGCCUGACAGAACUGAGGCUUUCAGGGGCCCAGGUGAAGCUGAGUAAUAAUUCUGAGCUCCUCAUUUAAAAUGAUGUCAUCUUUUGCUCAUCUUUUUCUAUCAAUUGCUAUAAUUGAAUCAAUGGCAGGAAUUCUAGGAAAUGGAAUUAUCUUGGCUGCCAGUUCAUCAAGCUGCAUUGGGAGCAAAACAUGGCCCCCAUAUGAUAUGAUCGUGAUCUCUCUGAGUUCAUCUAGAAUUACAUUGCAAUGCUGGAUUAUACUGGAUUUAUUCUUAACUGUAUUUUGUGAACCCUCCUAUUUUGAAGAAGAUAUAAAUGUAGUUAUCAAGACUGUCUAUAUGUUUCUGAACUAUUCCAGCCUCUGGUUUGGAGCCUGGCUUAGUGUCUUCUAUUGUAUCAAGGUUGCCAGUUUCACACAGUCUUUCUUCAUCUGGCUGAAGCAGAGAAUUGCCAGGCUCAUGCCCUGGAUGCUGCUCGGAUCAUGGGUCUGCUCCUUCACAGCAGCAAUUCCCUUCGCCUGGGAUGUCUACAGCGUGCAUGACAACUUCACUGCUCCUCUACCUAUGACAAAUUCUUCAGCAAUGAGAACCUCAAGGAAAGACAGCUUGGAUUUAUUAAUUCUUCUCUGUAAUGCUGGUAUAGGUAUGCCUUUAAUACUGUCUGUUGUUUCAAGUGUUCUGCUGAUUCAGUCUCUGUGGACACACACCAGACGGAUGCAGCAAAAUGCAAGUGGCUUCAGGGACCCCAGCUUAGAGGCCCAUAUGAAAGCCAUCAAGUCAGUCUGUUCCUUCCUUAUCCUGUACAUUACAUAUUUUAUAGCUUUCACUUUUCUUUUAUAUGAAUUAUUUUUACGUUUUAGCACCCCAAGAUCCAUAUGUAUAGCUGUAAUGGCUGCCUGUCCUACAGGACACUCCAUAGUCUUAAUUUGGAGCAAUCCAAAAUUCCAAGAGCUGACAGCUAGGAUUUGGCAUGACACAAAGUGUCCUGUCAGAAUUGCAUCCAUGUAAAAGAUCGUGAUUUAUCCUGGACUUCCUAGUUUAGUUGCAGAUGAACUAAUUUGAAACCAUAAGAGUUAUAAAAAGAUAGAAGCUGAAAUGGUUAGAUUAGGUCACUGAUAUGGGAUUAUAAAGAAGGUGGAAAUGGUCUCCUAUUUACUCUUUCCUUG